AUGAAACUUAUUAAUACGACAAAGGAUGCAGCAUGUCAUUGGUAUCCUCUGAUUUGGUCUGGGUCGUUUAUUGUAGUAUUUGACGAUGAUUUGGACCGGUAUUUUUGGAGUGUAAUUCCAUCUGAAAAUAUUUUGUGCGUCGUUACCAAAAAUUUGUAG